AUGGAAAUUCCUGCUUACAUGCCGGAUCCGAGAGUGAUGGACGCUAUUCUCGAGAAAAUGCCCGCUCCAAGUAAGAAGAAGAAAGAUAAAGUCAUUGGUUAUAUAGCUUAUCUCGGCCGAACCAGGCCCAACUUGGUCGCCAUGUACCUAAUGGUAAAUGAGGACGAUAAAGCAGCCAUUGCUUUGUAUAAGAAGACGCAGUUCGUGAUGCUCACAUGUGAGUAG